CUAUCCUCUUUCUCUGACUCCAAACCAACCGUAUCCCAGACAUUUCUUUUAAUUAUUAUUCCUACAUCUCCUUGGGGUCCGCCUCUCCUUUAUCUUCCCCCCCCCCCCGAUCUAGACUUGGCCCCAAGACUAUCAUGAGCUCCCGCGUCUGAUGGUGUCCUAAAACUCCGACCUCGCUAAAUCACCAUGCCGAACACUGCUUCUGCAGUGACCACAUCUUUUCAGACUUCCCCCGCGAUCUUGAAUCCGGUCGGUGAUCAGGAUAAGUAUCACAGUGCGGAUGAGUCUUGGUCUGCUGCGGACAGUGAUAAUGGUCUCGCGCCUAAUGGCUCCACGCGAGGCCUGAAACGUAGACGCCCGCUUACCGUAUCAUGUGAGCUAUGUAAGCAGAGAAAAGUUAAGUGUGACCGAGCCCAGCCCAGCUGUGGAUGGUGCUCUCGCAAUGGCCAGGUGUGUGAGUACAAGGAGCGCAAAAAGCCUGGCCUCCGGGCAGGGUAUGGCAAGGAACUAGAACAGCGGUUGGACAGGCUGGAGGAGGUCAUUCAAGCGCAAGGCCGUCUCAUUGAAACUCAUCUUCUCCAGAACCAGCCCCAUCUAUCGCAUGGCCUUUCACAACCAGCAGCUCUUUCCUACAGCUCCCCAUCAGAGCCUUCUGCAGCACAUGGGCCUAGCCCGCAAAAUGCCUUCUACUUCCAAGACCCAUCAUCUGUUCCCCCCGCCCCGCGUCGCGCGGACACAUCCAUUACUAGUCCCACUGACUUGUCAGUGAAGAAUGCCAUGCCUAAUCAUAUCCCGAGUGGCAUUCCAUCUGUCCCAUCACUACCGCAUAUCACAAAUACUACGCCUCAAAAUGACUUUACCGAUAACGAGUCAUCCUUGAAGGUGCCUGUCAACUUAUUCUCCAACCAACAACAGUCCUUUGCCGGCCCCGAGCUUGACCUUCCGCCGUAUGAUCUACUGUAUGCACUAGUAGAUCUGUAUUUUGAGCAUAUUAACACAUGGUGUCCCAUUCUCCACCGGCGAACAACACUGGACACCUUUUUUGGCCCUUCGCCUCUUGAAGAGGCGGACCGAAUGGUGCUUUAUUCAAUAGUUGUGACUACCCUUCGCUAUUCAAGUGAUAGUCGACUCACUGACGGGAACCGGAAACGAUAUCACGACUUUUCGAAACAAAAGGUGCUUCUGUACGGCCUCGAAAAUUCAUCGGUGAAGGCCCUUCAAGCUCUUGUGAUCCUCGCGCUCGAUCUAGUCGGAUCCUCUAAUGGCCCCCCAGGAUGGAAGUUACUCGCUUUAAUUACGAGAUCAGUGGUCCAACUAGGACUAGCGGUCGAAACCAAAUCAUCACUCAUUUCUCCUGUGUACCCAUCCAUAUACACCUUACGAGCAGUAACACUCCCAGAACCAGACUCGUGGAUUGAAGAUGAAGGCAGGCGCCGCCUUUUUUGGAUGGUCUACCUUUUAGACCGUUACUCCACAAUUGCAACGGCGUUCGAUUUUGCGUUAGACGAUAAAGAUAUCGAUCGCAAGCUUCCCUGCAAAGAAGAGUACUUUAUUAAAAACCAACCAGUUGAGACCAGGUGGUUCCAGUCAUCCACCGAUCGUGCGGACCGUCUGACUCGUUCAGAGAACGUAGGGUCUUUUGGCCUUUAUGUCGAGAUACUUGGCAUCCUCUCACGGAUUCAUCUCUUUCUGAAACGACCGGUGGAUAUCGGGGCUCUGUCUGAUGUCGAGGAGUGGCAAGCAAUGUAUCGCAAAUUGGACGACGAGCUGACAACUUGGGAGUUCAGCCUUCCCGCCGAGUAUGCCUAUGAAAAUGCCUCUCGGGCAUUUAAUGGGUCGAAACAAAAAGGACACCAUUGUGACUGGGUUCAGCUCCAUGCCGCUUACCAAACUGCGGUCAUUCGCCUCCAUUCGUCCGCAGCAUAUCCUACCACGCGGUCCCCGAUAUUUACGCCGUCGUACAGCGCAAGCCAAAGAUGUUUGCUUGCAGUUGAUAUCAUCCUCUCAGUGACUCGAUUUGUCAUUAACAACAACAUUCUGGACAAGCUCGGGCCACCGUUCGCUUUUACCCUCUGGGUUUCCGCUCGUUUGCUCCUUGUUCAUGGUUCCACAAUCGCCCAUACAGUCAGCCCAGAUAUCAUAUGCUUUGUUGAAACUCUCUCCCGAAUGGGCAAAUACUGGAAAGUCGCAGAACGCUACAGCUCCAUUCUGCAACGAGUUCUGGAUGAGUACAGGGAGUACCAGCAAUCCGGUGCUGCGGACGGCGAUAGAUCCACGCCAUCGUCCGUCAAGAUUCUCGCAGAUAUGCGCCGGUGCGCAUUUGACCUUGACUUUCUCAUAUCGCGACAGCCUCGGUCCUCACCCGCCGCAAGCCAAACGCCCGCUUCUACAGCCGGGGCCCUCUCACGAAACUUGGCAGCAAACGAACUGGAAUACCUCGAUGUCUUUGGCUUCUUCAACGUCCCUCGAGUUCCCCCGUCCCGCACGGCCGACAUCACCAGCCUUGACAUGAACGAAGCCGUGAAUAAUCCCAUGUCGAUCCACGGCCUCACGGGAACAGGAAACAAUAGUUCUUCCAUAGUGGGCAGCACUCUAUCCAACACGAACGAAUUCAAUAUCACGAACUACUUAGUCCCGACACCAGAGACCGACUGGCUUUUUCGUCCUGAGGGCUAAGCUCGAUCAAGAUGAGGAGGACGACGAGAAGCUUAGCCUG